GAUCGGCAUAGGAACGAGUGUGGUAUGUCUUCAAACUUUAGUGCAAACCAGUAUCAAGACGCAUUUCGAUCGUCACGACUAUGCAACUGGACGGUCCCUCGAGUUCACAAGGAGAGACCUUCUAGACUGGAAGGCUUCACGACACCUGUUAGCAACGAACGAGGACAUUUACUACCGGAUAUCAAACGCAGCACCAAGUCUCCUUGGGGCUCUUUUCGUGGUACGUGGCAGUUGAAAAAGAGCGACAUGAUAAAGACCGUGCCACAGCAGUCACCGACAAAAACAUGGCAGUACUAGACGACAACGCAAGUCUAUUUUCGUACGUCAAACUAAAAGUACUGCUUUAUGUAUUGAAUAGCACGUAUAGAAUUAAAGUACUAGUUACAACUACUUCAUUACUUCGUAAAAUUUGUCUGCAGAGUGCUCUC